ACUGAUUCUCCGAAGAUGUCUGCGAAGGCAAAGAUCUUCACUGCUUUGCGAUUCUUCGCCUCUGGAUACUUCAAAUUGGAUCCGCCAAGUGUGAAGCACAGCAUUAUCGAAGUGCUCGACGCAUUUGAGAAGGCGCGCCUCUCGGAUGAAUUCAUCAGAUUUCCAAGCACACUGGACGAACUGCGCAAAUCGGAAGCGGCAUUCUACCGUCGGUUUGGAUUCCCGGGAGUUGUGGGUUGCAUUGAUUGCACACAUGUUGCUAUUGUUGCUCCUUCCAAUUCGAAGAAUGUUUCACAGCAUCUCUACGUAAAUCGGAAGAAGUACCAUAGCAUCAAUGUGCAAUUGAUUUGCGACUCGCGCCUCAGAAUAACCAACGUGAACCCGAGAUUUCCCGGAAAGGCGCACAACUCCAGGAUAUGGAACAGCAGCAAGAUCAAGACAAUCAUGGAAGAGGUGCACAAGGUUAACCCGAACCAAUUUCAUCUCAUCGGAGAUUCCGCCUACGCUCUGCGCCCGUGGAUGCUGACUCCCAUCGAAGGCGCGGCAGAAGGAUCGCCUGAAAGUGAAUAUAGUGAGUGUCAGAUGGAAGUGCAUUCUGCUAUUAAGCGUGUCAAUGGACUCCUGAAGAAAAGCUUUCGAUGCCUUCUGCAUUGUUUGCAUUUUGAUCCUGUCACGGCAACACGAAUCGUGAAAGCGUGUUGCGUUUUGCACAACAUGUUGAGGGAUGAAAUCAUGGGGGAGAGUGACUCGAGUGAUUCCGAUGAUGCGAUUGAAUCUGAUGAUUCCGAUGAUUCUGACGAUUCUGACACUGAAUAUGCUGAUGCUGGGAUCAUAAGCCUCAACUAUAACCAGAAAGGCGCUGGCGAAUCUUUGCCAGAAACAAGUGCAAACCCACAAUUGACGGAGGGAAGGAUGAAGCAGCAAAAAAUUGUUAAGAGCCACUUCAACUAUGUUCAAUAAAUUAUUUUUUAACUUAAUAUUUUAUUAUAUUUGCACAGAGUUGCUGACUC